UUUUAAAAUCUUUUUAGUCACUAUUUUUUUUAAUUAUUCAACAACACACUCAACCACAGACAAUUAAUCCGUGAUUCAUGCCGGAACUGAAUUAAAGGGUAAAUAAUGUGCACAGUCAUCGAUGAUUUUGCCCCUACACAAUACUGUGAGAAGUCAAGCAAUAUACGAAGUUCUGUUCAAUGUACGAAAUUAUGUUCCCGUCCGUUGAAAUUCCUAUAUGAAUAUGCCAAAUUCUGCACGCCAAUCGUUCGACGAAAUAACCCAAAGUGAUCCAAUGUUUGUCUUGAGAUAUUUUUAGUUUUGGAAUUAUGGGGGUUGUAGUUAGAUCUUGAUACUGAUUAAAUAAUGAGGCCUUGGUUAUACCCAAAAGUUUAGCUUGAGAAGAUGAUGAACCUUGGGAGUGGUAGAAAACCUGUCGAGGAUUUGAAUGAGUAUGAACGGUACCAAGCCCAUCAACACCACCAUAAUAAAGCUCAUAACUUUCGUUUUGAAGCUGUUUUGCUUGUUCUCAUAUUUUCAGUUGUUAGCCUUUCAUCUCUAGUGCUUUACAAUUGGGCAGGCUAUAUAGGCAUAUCUCCAAAUCCACUAGGCCGUAAACAUUUCCCGAAUGAGGCUUCUUCCUCAGAAGCCCCAGCUGCCAUUCCUGUUGAUGCAUCCCAAACCACCAAGGAAGGAGAAGAUGAGUUGGAGAAAAUGCUGAAAAAGGCAGCUUCUAUUGAUAGAACUGUUAUCAUCACAACUUUAAAUGCAGCAUGGACAUCUCCAAACUCUGUUUUUGAUCUUUUUCUGGAGAGCUUUAGAAUCGGGAACCAAACGCUCCAUCUUUUGGAUCAUCUACUUGUGGUGGCUUUCGAUCAGACGGCCUAUUCUCGCUGUAUGGAAGUACAUUCGUAUUGCUAUGCUCUACACACGAAUGGCGCUAACUUUACCGGUGAAGCACAGUUUAUGAGCUCCAAGUAUUUGGAGAUGAUGUGGGCAAGGAUUGACUUUCUUAGACAUGUUUUGGAGAAGGGAUACAACUUCGUGUUUACGGACACCGACAUAAUGUGGCUUCGAAAUCCAUUUUCACAUUUUCACCCUCACUCCGAAUUCCAAAUCGCAUGUGACGUUUUCAAUUCCAACUCAUCGGACCUAAACAACAAGCCCAAUGGAGGCUUCAAUUACGUUAAAUCGAGUAGGAGGACAGUGCAGUUCUACAAAUUCUGGUACAGUUCAAAAGAUCUUUACCCAGGCAGUCAUGACCAAGACGUGCUCAACAACAUAAAGUUUCAUCCCUUCAUUGCAGAGCUCGGCCUCCAGCUUACCUUCUUGCCGACGGUGUUUUACAGCGGUUUUUGUCAGCUCAGCGAUGACCUCAACCUUGUCAUUACUGUCCAUGCCAACUGUUGCGUCGGGCUGGAAAAAAAGAUCCGCGACCUCGGGCUUGUGCUCGAUGUCUGGAGAGAGUAUAUAUCUGAUGUCAAGAGGAGGGUGUCACGCCCGCUUUCGUGGGGACUAUUACCACAAUACUGCUGGGAGAGAAACAUUUCCCCUGCUCCUAUGUAGUAGGAAGAUAAAAGCAAGAGUUCCAACUAAUCGAAUUCCAGCGGCUAAAAAGAUAAGCUUCAAAAAAAUCCUAUUGGGGGGUUUGUGGCAGCUGGAGCCUGACCUCGGCUGGGUAUUGUUCGGCGAAGGAGGCUAAAGCAAUUGGGACACUCUAAGUUGGCUUAAGGAGGGAGGUUGGGACUUUCUUGAUAUAGAAUAAGAUGGCUAUUGAAAAGGAGGGUGUUUCUUCUCCAUUGGGGCUUGUUGUUGAUGAUAUAAGAGAUCCGAUGAAAGAAUUGAGGAGUACUUUGUAAUUUUGUCCAACGAUCUGUGAAAUGUGUCGCUCACGAGCCUGCUGGAGUGGCAUUUUCUUUUUCUGAUAGCCAUAGUUAGUUUAGUUAUCAGCCCAGUUGAUGUUUUGUUUGUAAAAAAUGUUUUCAGUUUCACAAAUAGUAUUAUGCAUUAUUUGUUUUUAAUACUAGCACGUCAAAGGGAAAACGCAUAACUUUUUCAUCAUUAUUAUCUGUAAUUAUGAAACUGAUACACGUCGUUUUGGUCGUGUGUACCAGAGGGGCAUAAAAGGGGCCUAGUUAAUUCAUUGUCCA